AUGUACGGAGAUUUGGGCAACAAGCUUGUCCUUCAUGCGAAGCGGGCGCAGCAACUGGCAUAUUUGCCACCCUAUCAGACGGAGUUGGUCCGCGCUGUAACUCGAGAAGUGCGCGACCUAGAUAAGGACCUCUCCUCUAUGCUGGAAUCCUUCCAGGGUAGUUUCGAGCCGCAUGCCGACGAGGCAAAGUCUUGCACGAUGCUUGUCAACCAUCUCUCGAUGCGCAGGGACAAACGAUGCUUGCUGGCUUAUCACAGAACACGGACAGAUAAGCUCGAAGAACUGGUCUGGAAAGGAGAAGACGUCGUCGACCUACCUGGCCAACAAAUAUCGGCCAACCAAGGUCCCAGUGCAAGCAGUUCGAGCAGUUUAAGUCCUCAAGAAGAGGACUAUGUUCGGCAAUACAGCGAUCUACUCGCUGCAUAUAAGGGACAGUGGACUGAUAUAGACCUGACGGGUAGCCUUGAACCACCUCGCGACCUGUUCAUUGAUGUUCGUGUGCUCAAGGAUGCAGGAGAGAUCCAAACCGAGUAUGGGGCCAUAACUUUGACCAAGAACAGCCAGUUCUACGUUCGACAAGGCGAUGUCGAGCGCCUGAUUGCCCAGGGUUAUCUGCAAAAACUAAGUUGA